AUGGAUGAAGAUGAAAAACAAAUGCUUUCAGAGGCACGGGCUCGUUUAUCUAAUACAAAAGGCAAAAAGGCCAAAAGGAAGGCCCGGGAAAAGCAACUUGCAGAAGUUAGACGUGUUGCUUCUUUGCAAAAGAGGAGAGAAUUGAAGGUAGCUGGAAUUGAUAACCGGAAUUGGAAUGGGAAAAGGAAUGGAAUCGACUACAAUGCUGAGAUUCCAUUCGAGAGAAGGCCGCCACCUGGAUUUUAUGAUGUGGUUGGUGAAAGUUUGUUGAUUGGUGAACAACCUUAUAAAUUCCCGACCACGAUUGAGGAAAUUGAAGGUGAAAGAAGGGUCGAUACAGAGGCGUGUUUGAGAAAACAGGGCAUUGAAAGGAACAAAAUAGCACAAAGGAAAGAUGCUCCAUCAACUAUACUUUAUGCAAACAAACUCAAUGAUUUGGAAUCCGUUAGAAAAAGGCCGAAAAUCAAUCUUGCGACACCACGAAUUUCAGAUUAUGAGUUACAUUAUAUCGCAACAUUCGGUCUUCAAUAUUUGAGCCAUGGAUUUUCAUCUUUUUAA